CUAGCGCAGGCACGUACUCGUCGUCAUUAGUUAAGAAAGAAAAGCUUUUCUAGGUCAACAUAGAGGACCAACUUUUGGAUUGAUUUUGUGAACGUAUGAAUUAUAAUGACGUGGCACACACAGGAAGGACAUUAAAAUUGAUGAGGACUGGCGCUACAAGCUUGACCUGUUAAUGCCGUAGUCCGUCGCUCGAGAUUCCAAUAUUGAUCCCUGCGCGAUGUCGAAGAACGGCUCUGAGAUGGCAGGUGCCCCUUAUACAAUGGAAGAGUGUGUGACGGAUCAAUCCGAUCCUUUGGAAGACGAGGCAUAUGCAGCUGUUGUGAUGCUUAUUAUUUUUUCAGUUAUUGGAGUUGCUGGCAACGCACUGGUUCUUUAUGGUUUUUCUAUGUUGAAGCCUAAAAUGACUUCAACGAUAUUUAUUCUUACACUGGCUGGAAUCGACUUCACGUCGUGUCUGGUGACGAUUCCUGCCACUGUAGCCAUGGAAUUAGCGACGUUCAGGGUGCCUUACGAUCCUCUGUGUAAAGCCUAUCAUUUUCUCGUGACAUCAACCAUACCUUUUUCAGCGUUUGUGAUGGUAGCAAUAGCGGUAGAUCGCUACUAUUGCAUCUGUAAGCCUUUCAUUCAGAUCAUGACAAAGUUCAGAGCCAAGGUUAUCGUACUUUCCCUUAGUGUUCUCGCAUUAAUUAUAGGUUUUGUGUCCUGUUUGAACUUUGGCGUUGUUACAAAAGAAAUGGACAGGAACAUUACAAACGAAACGCUCGAGAUUCGAGCCCUGGAGGCGCUGCUUCCCCCGAAUGAUACUUUUCUGCUUGCAUUUAAAAAAGGGAAAUGUGCUCCUGCUCCGGUUUUGUUGUGUGGAAAUCCACGAAACUUGGGGAAAACAUUUUACGAAGUAUAUAACAUCAUAUAUGCAUCGAUUUACGCUACUUGUGGAAUCGUUGUCAUCAUCCUCUACGUUAUCAUCUAUCAUUUCAUCCUUAGCCGAAGACAACGACGGCUAAGGACAGAGUCGUUUCCAUGUUGCACGUUUAGCAAGCAACACGGUGAGUCGGAAAACACCGACUUUAUAUACAUAAGUCAGGACACACAAAAUACCACUGUCGAUGAUGCUGAAAAAGACGCUAAUCUUAACAGUCCUUUGGCAAAGCAAAAUAACGAAAAUCAUCUUAAACCAAAACAAAGUAGCGAAAUUACACCAAAGUUGCGGCAAAAGAAAAAGAAAAAUCACAGAAAAUCAGAUGCUACCUCAACGUUUCGUCUGAAGCAAGAGAGGAUACGUGUUAAUAACAUUAAAACAGCUCUCGUGCUGUCUGUUGUGGCUCUUGUUUUCAUCGCAGCGUUCCUGCCGGCCUGGUUAAUGAAGCACAGGCUUGUUCCGUUCAACGUCAUAUCUUUUUACAUGUACUUCGUCUAUAACGUAGCAAACCCUUUCAUUUAUGCUUUUAUGAACCCCGACUUUCGACAAAAAAUGGCGAUUGUCGGAAAGCGAAUUAAAACUCAGUUACGAAUGUAAUUUUGUCUGUACAAUUGGUGCUCUGAUUUUAACAAAUGUGAAUAUUUUGGUGGAGUUACAUCUCUAUGUUUUGUUAUAUGUAUAUAUACAAGAAAAAUAGCAACGUGACACUAAAAACACUCUUUAUAAUAUACAUGAAUUUUGUAAAAUUAGAUGUGAAUUUUUAAAAUGCAAAAAAUGAUGAAUAUUUAAUAAUGGUAAACGAAUCAGAUAGCAUUAUUUAACUCUGACAUUAGAAAUAAUGACACUUUUACUCUUGUUAUCAUUUUAUAAACUAUUAUUGUGAAUUCUACAAUAUUUACUUGUUGUAAUGUUAUAAAUAUGUUUGAUAAAUAUGUAUUUAAUUUUGUUGUCGAGUUAUUAAAGUGAUAAAAA